AUGGCAGCCACAUGUCCUCGACGGGGCAGGCAGGAGGCCGCCCCUGGAGCCUUGCGCUUCCUGCACGGCACGGCGGCCGUGACUGAGGCUCAGCACUCUGGUGAAGUGCCCUCAGAGGCUGUCAACGCCCAUGCUGCUCACAGCCUCUCGGGGCCCCUCCCUGCACCCCUCCAGGUGGGCCCGUUCAGCCUCACAGUUAUUCCUGCAGUUCUUCAUACUGCUCACAUAAAUGAACUGAGGCGAGUCCACGACCCACAGCCCGAGCGUGUUGUCGCUGUGUCCACCAACGGGAGCAUCCACAGCCCGCGCUUCCCGCACACCUACCCGAGGAGCACGGUGCUGGUGUGGCGCCUGGAGGCCGUGGAGGACGACGUCUGGAUCCAGCUGACGUUCGACGAGCGGUUCGGGCUGGAGGACCCGGAGGACGGCAUAUGCAAGUACGACUUCGUGGAGGUGGAGGAGCCGAGCGACGGCACGCUCUUAGGCCGCUGGUGUGGCUCCGGCGCCGUGCCAGGGAAGCAGGUGUCCAGAGGGAACCAGAUCAGGAUCAGAUUCGUGUCCGACGAGUACUUCCCCGCCGAGCCCGGGUUCUGCAUCCACUACAGCAUCGUCCCGCCCCCGCUCCCCGAGCCCACCGGCCCCUCCGCCCUGCCCCCGUCGGCCCUGCCGCUGGACCUGCUGAGUCAGGCUGUCAGCGCCUUCGGCACCUUGGAAGACCUCAUCCGGUACCUGGAGCCCGACAGGUGGCAGCUGGACCUGGAGGACCUGUACCGGCCCACGUGGCAGCUGCUCGGCAAGGCCUUCGUGUUCGGAAGGAAGUCCCGAGCAGUGGACCUGAACCUGCUCCGGGAGGAGGUGCAGCAGUACAGCUGCACGCCCCGCAACCUCUCCGUGUCUCUGCGCGAGGAGCUGCGGAGGACCGACGCUGUCUUCUGGCCCGGCUGUCUCCUGGUCAAACGCUGCGGCGGCAACUGUGCCUGCUGUCCCCACAGCUGCGACUGCCACUGCGUCCCCAGCAGAGUCACCAAGAAGUACCACGAGGUCCUGCAGUUGAGACCGAAGGUCGGCGUCAGAGGCCUGCACAAGUCCCUCACCGACGUGGCCCUGGAGCACCAUGAGGCGUGUGACUGCGUGUGCCGAGGGAGCCCGGGCGGGUAGUGGCUGACCCGCUGAGCACAGGGAGCGCCUGCCUGGUCUGCACUGGGCCGUGGCCACUCACCCUCACAUGGGCUCACCGUGAGCACAGUUAUCUUCACGACCUGUAGUGCCUUCCCACGGGGACACCCACCGGACAGAGACAACCCCGCUGUCGGGGAGAGGCAGAGCGAGGCCCCCGUCGUGGUCAUGGGAGGGUCCAGCAGACGGCCAGCAGGCUGCACCUGCCACACACCUGGCACCGUGAGGGCGCGGCCUGGGUGAUGCUGGCCAGGACUCCGUGCCCCGCGCCCCUGCUCUGCAGCCGUGCUGCCUUCUGGGCUCAGGGCCUGGCCUGAAGCCCCUCCCAUCCACGUUGACGCCCCGGGGGCUCUGCCCUCACGCUCGGCUUGCCAGGGGGCUGACUUGCUGUGAACUGAGCUGUGCCAUGCCCACGGGGAGACCGGUCUUCCUAUUUCUCUUUGAAGUUUCUGUCAUUUGGCAGAAGAGAGCCACGCCUGUGUGGGGAGAAGACGGGCUCGGCGCAGUGGCCUCACCCGCACUGUCCCUAGGCUGUUCGUUCGCUGUUUUGUGGACAUUUUUAUACUCUCUACUUUGACAGUUAUAACUGGUGUCUUUUCUAAUCUUGUUAAAUAUAUCUAUUUUUACCAAAGGUAUUUAAUACUCUUUUCUAUGACAACCUAGAUCAGCUAUUUUUAGCAUGACGAAUUUUUCUAAAGAGAAUUGCUAUAGCCAGAGGAGCACAGUGGCGUGAAGCGGUGGCGUGAAGCGCUGCUCCAGAGACGCAGCCUCGCUCCGGGCCGGGCCGGGGCUCGGGCAGGAAGUCAGAGGGAAUGGCGAGGGGCAGGGCUGUUAGAAAGUCAGUAACUCAUCCCCGCUUCCUCUCUGCUAUUGGAUAUACAAGUAAGAAGCGUAAAUAAAUACAACUAAAACACAUGAAAGUAAAUUCGAAUCCUGUCGUGAUGACCCGGACCCUUGCUGGAGGGCGGCCG